AUGUCCGUUGCUACCAUGUUGCAACCUGCCUCGAGAGCGUCGACUUCCUCUUCCUCCUCCUUCCAACCCGUCACACGUCAAAACACCAUGUCUUCUCACGAUACCCGCUCUCUCCGCCAGUCGAAGCGGCUGUCAGUCACCGCGCUGUAUCUGUCGAUGUCCGCGAAGGACAGGGACUUGGAAAUAUCAGAUGACUUGGCUAGAGCCCAGAAAUACCUCCGCGAACUGAAGUCGAAGAUCUCGUCUCAAUCGAAGAAAAAUUUCGUGCUGGAGAAAGAUGUGCGGUAUCUGGAUUCGCGGAUAGCUCUGCUGAUCCAGAACCGGAUGGCAUUGGAAGAACAAAACGAAGUGGCCAGUCACCUCGACGACGCUAUAGAUCCCCAGGAAGGAUUCUUCCCGAAUGACGAGAAAACACAGAAAUACGGCAAUCUUCUCUUCCUUCUUCAGUCGGAACCCCGCCAUAUCGCCCACCUGUGCCGCCUGGUUUCCAUGUCCGAGAUCGACUCCCUCUUACAAACGGUGAUGUUCACCAUCUACGGAAACCAGUACGAAAGCCGCGAAGAACACCUGCUUCUUACCAUGUUCCAGUCCGUCCUCACCUACCAGUUCGAUAACACCCCGGAGUACUCGUCGCUGUUGCGCCAGAACACCCCGGUCUCCCGCAUGAUGACCACCUACACACGGCGUGGUCCUGGUCAGAGCUACCUGAAACAGGUCCUCGCCAACCAGAUUAAUGCCCUGAUCGAGCUGCGCGACGUGGACCUGGAGAUCAACCCGCUCAAGGUGUAUGAGGCCAUGGUGAAGCAGAUCGAGGAGGAGCAAGGAUCGCUGCCCGACCAUCUUGCGAGAUCUGUGACGGCGGAGGCUGCAGCAGAAAACCCACAGGUCCAGAAGAUCAUCGAGCCGCGUUUGAGGAUGCUUACCGAUCAUGCCAACCGCUUCUUGACGACAAUCAUCACAUCCGUGGACGAUACACCGUAUGGAAUCCGCUGGAUUUGCAAGCAGAUCAGAAGUUUGUCCCGGCGCAAGUACCCCGACGCCCAAGACCAGACCAUCUGUACCUUGAUCGGAGGUUUCUUCUUCCUUCGCUUCAUCAACCCAGCCAUUGUCACACCGCGAUCGUAUAUGCUGAUUGAGUCGACGCCGACGGAGAAACCCCGUCGUACCCUGACGCUAAUCGCCAAGAUGCUCCAGAACUUGGCCAACAAGCCCUCCUACGCAAAGGAGCCGUACAUGGCGAAGCUCCAGCCUUUCAUCCAGCAGAACAAGGAACGUGUGAACAAAUUCUUACUUGAUCUAUGUGAAGUGCAGGAUUUCUAUGAGAGUCUGGAGAUGGACAACUACGUCGCGCUCUCGAAGCGAGACCUUGAGCUGCAGAUCACUCUCAAUGAGAUGUAUGCCACUCAUUCCUUGCUGGAGAAACACAACCUGGCUCUGGCUCAGGACCAACACUCCCACCUCAACGAACUGUUGCAGGAGCUCGGUUCUGCUCCACCACAGGUCCCGCGAAAGGAGAACAGGACUAUCACCGUGCCCCUGUUCAGUCGCUGGGAGACGGCCUUGGAUGACUUGACUUCGGCCCUCGAUAUCACUCAAGAGGAAGUGUUUUUCAUGGAAGCCAAAUCCACGUUCGUCCAAAUCCUACGAUCUCUACCUCCCAAUUCCUCGGUUGCCCGACGUCCUCUCCGCCUUGAUCGCAUCGCGGAGGCAGCCGCGACGCUGAAGAACGAUGCGGUCAUGGUCCGGAAGGGUAUUCGCACCAUGGAGCUCCUGAGUCAACUACAGGAGAUGGGAGUCAUCGACCGCUCCGACGACUUCAGCCUCCUCCGAGACGAGGUGGAGCAGGAGUUAGUGCAUCUGGGAUCAUUGAAAGAGAAAGUCCUGGACGAGACCAAGAAGUUGGAGGAAGUCUUUGCAACCAUUCGCGACCACAACGCCUACCUGGUGGGCCAGCUGGAGACAUACAAGUCGUAUCUGCAUAACGUCCGCAGCCAGUCGGAGGGCAAGCAGCGGAAACAGCAAAAGCACCAAGAGCUCGGGCCCUACAAGUUCACCCACCAGCAGCUUGAAAAAGAAGGCGUCAUUCGGAAGAGCAAUGUUCCCGAAAACCGGCGAGCAAACAUUUACUUCAUGUUUAAGAGUCCCCUGCCUGGCACCUUUGUUAUCAGUCUGCAUUACAAAGGUCGUGCCCGUGGCCUUCUGGAGCUAGAUCUCAAGCUCGAUGAUCUGCUGGAGAUGCAGAAAGACAGCCAGGAGGACUUGGAUUUGGAGUAUGUCCAGUUCAACGUCUCGAAGGUGCUUUUGCUUCUCAACAAACGAUUUGCACGAAAGAAGGGCUGGUAAGGAGAUCGCUUUCGUCUCCCACACCCUAUCACGAAGUCUAUGAAACAGAGCGGAUGGCUACCUACACACCUCAACCGGGCCCCGGCCCCAGCCUUAGCCAACCGGCAGCUGAUUUGAUGAACGACGGUUGGCACUGAGAACGUGCCAAGAUGAAAGAUCUCCGAAGGGAGGCUUGCUUAAAUCAUCUGUUUUACGUUAUGACCUGGAGAUGGACGAUUGACAUGCCCCGAUAACCGACCUGUGCCCGAUCUAGUGGGGGAUG